AUGUCAGGUAGACAAUGGUGUAGAUGGAGUUCUCACCUUGCACCUGCCAAUAGUCGUGGUCAGCGCACACCUCUCACCAACGACCAUGGCUUGCCCGUGUCUCCUGCUUUGCAACCACGAAAGCAAAGACCUGCCCGCGAACAUCAAUCGCUUGGGUCUCUUACUUCUUUCCGGAAGGCAGUAGUUGCCAAUCCUUAUGCAAAUGCUCUGGCGACUCCAGUCCGCCAAUGCAACUUCACUGGUGCCAGAUUGCCUUCGCAUCAUCUACUGCCAUUCACUACUGUCUUUCGCGGAGACCAGAAGGACAAACUUAUUCCAUAUCUCGCUCCUGUUGAUAACUCUGGGCAAACUUCACGCGCUUAUGCCCUCAAUUCUCGUCAUCUGCUGAAUCGCCUUGGUCAGAGAAAGAAUUGGCAGCGCUUGCUCGGCCAUGACCUCAAAUUCGGUCUGAAGAACAGAAACGACUAUCAGUGGCCUGGUCAGAUAGAAGAGAUUAUUCUCUCUCGACUACGCACUUCUGUGGUUCGUAAGUUGGUUUGGUUUCUCCGAAGACCGAAUGCGAAACUGGUUCUUCCAUUCGACUCUGCUAAGGAAUGUCCUUCAUCAGCAUGCAUCUUGUAUCUGGGCAAGGAAAGUCCGUCACGCUCUCUCUCGGACCCCAGUGUCACAGAGUAUCACCUCCUCGACCUACUGGGUCAAGAACUAUUGGUGGACUUGCUUAAUGAUACUCCGUAUGUCGAAACGGAUGCCUUGUUCCUCUCACACUCAUACAUGACUGUGUCUGCACAUAAUGCUCUCUCGAGGUUGAGCAGUUUUAUGUCUUCCGUUGAGACUACUUCGAAAAGUCCAAAGACAUGA